UUUUCCAGACUACCUGUGGAUAUAUAUCAAACAGCAAAAGUAUCUAAAAUACUGUUAAUGAUGGAUAAGGGUACUCUUCCAGCAGAGUAUAAAGGAAAGUCCCUGUCUGAAAUAAACUUGAAUGUUGAUGCAGAACUAGUUGAGGAGAACGAGGUUGAAGAGCUUGAUUCAACCACGAAAUAUGCUUCGGUAUCUUCAGCUUUUCGCGGAGGUUUCAAAAAUCAAUCACAAGAAACAAUGAAGACGAACAAAAAUCACAGUGAUGAUGGAGUUGAUAAGAUGGAGGAAGACGGUAUAAUAUUGAAACGAAGUGAACAUAAGAAAGGAGAUGUAGAGAAGAGUCAUGAUGGAGAGUUAAGGAGUACGGCUUGCAGGAAAGGUGCUCAUUUCUUGACUUCUAAUUAUUUCAAUUAUCAGUUUCGUCUUUUUGAAAUUCAUAAAAUUUAAGGUUUUGACAUUCGUUCGAAUAUUUCAGCUUGGACAGAUGAGGAAAUUGAAGUACUCAAACGAGAAUUUGGUGACUAUAUCAAGAAAAAUAUAUAUCCAUCAGGGGCAGAAAUAAAAGAAUUUAUGGAAAAAUGGCGACUGAACAGAAGCGUAAAAAUAAUCAAAUCCAAAAUUCAACAUCUAAUUAAAUUGAGCAACAAAGUUUAUUAAUUACUCCUUGUAUCCAUAGGUCAAGAAUAUGACAGGAUUUAUGUUAUUUCUGCAAUAAAUAUUUGAAACAAU